GUCCGCACCCGGAGCCGUCGCCACCCGGCAACGGGGGCCAUGCCGGGGCCCCGCCGGGACCGGCCGGCCGUGCUGCUGCUGCUCGGGGCGCUGCUGGCUGCCGACCUCUACUUCCACCUCUGGCCGCGGGCGCGGAGGGAGCUGGCCCCGAGCGCUCCGAGCUGCCCGUGCCGCCUCCGCUCCGCUCCCUCCGCCGCUCCGCCGCCGCCGCCGCCGCCGCCCCCCGCCCGCGCCGCCUCCUCCUCUUCCUCCUCCUCCGCCUCCUCCUCCCCGCUGCGGCGUCUCUUCGCCCACCCGCUGUACCGCGCCGCCGCCCCGCCGGGCCCCGCCGAGCCGCUGCUGGGCGCCCGCGAAGCUCUGCGCUACUACCGGCGGAAGGCGGCCCGCUGGAACAGGAGACACAAGCUCUAUAGGCAGGAGCUCAACCUUACAGCCUCGGCCGCACUGCUCCCGCUGCGUCCCGAAGCCAGCUGGCUGCAGUUCCAUCUGGGCAUCAGCCGGGAUGGGCUCUACCCCCGUUCCAGCCCUGCUGUCAGCAGACUGCUGCGGGACAUGCACGACUUUGCCACCAUCAGCGCUGACUACAGCCAGGAUGAGAAAGCUCUGCUGGGAGCCUGUGACUGCAGCCAGAUUGUGAAGCCCAGCGGUGUGCACCUGAAGUUGGUACUCAGGUUCCAGGACUUCGGCAAAGCCAUGUUCAAGCCCAUGAGGCAGAAACGUGAGGAGGAGACACCCGAGGACUUCUUCUACUUUGUAGACUUCCAGCGGCACAAUGCUGAGAUCGCAGCCUUCCACCUGGACAGGAUCCUGGACUUCCGACGGGUGCCCCCCACUGUUGGGAGGCUGAUCAACGUCACCAAGGAGAUCCUGGAAGUCACCAGGAAUGAAGUCCUGCAGAGCGUCUUCUUCGUCUCGCCAGCCAGCAACGUGUGCUUCUUUGCCAAGUGCCCAUACAUGUGCAAGACAGAGUAUGCUGUGUGUGGGAACCCCCACCUCCUGGAAGGGUCCCUGUCUGCCUUCCUGCCAUCCCUCAACCUGGCGCCGCGGCUUUCCAUCCCAAACCCAUGGAUCCGCUCCUACUCGUUUGAUGGAAAAGAGGAGUGGGAGGUGAAUCCGCUCUACUGUGACACCGUGAGGGAGAUCUACCCCUACAGCAGUGGCAACCGUCUGCUUAACAUUGUUGACAUGGCCAUAUUUGACUUCCUAAUAGGGAACAUGGACCGCCACCACUAUGAGAUGUUCACCAAGUUUGGAGAUGAUGGCUUCCUCCUACACCUGGACAACGCCAGGGGGUUUGGGCGCCAUUCUCACGAUGAAAUCUCCAUCCUGGCCCCGCUCUCCCAGUGCUGUGUAAUAAAGCGGACGACGUUGCUGCGCCUGCAGCUGCUGGCUGAGCCCGAGUACCAGCUGAGUGCUGUGAUGAGGGAAUCCCUCCUGCAGGACCCCCUGGCACCUGUCCUCACCGAGCCCCAUCUCCUGGCCUUGGACCGACGGUUACAGCUCAUCCUGAAAGCCGUGAGGAAGUGCAUAGACACACAUGGAGAAGCCAAGGUGGUGGCCAAUGACACCAGGCAGCCCGAGGCUCCCGCAUCUGACAGAGUGAAGCUGAGCACAUAAACAGCCUUCAGCUGCUGCUCAGAGGCAGGGAAGACCCCUGUGAGACCAGGGACAAAUGUUAACAGUUGGUCAUCUCCAUCUACAAGUGCCCAUGAGAUGGAGAGGGGAAACUCUUUGGAAGAUCUUCAGGGAUCACAGUGGGCUCUCAGGCUGAGCACUCAAGCAAAGCUGCCAAGCUUGGUGUGGUGUGGCUGCAGCAGGUCUUUGCACCCCAAGCACCAGCUCUGGUGGGAAAGCAGAGAUCUGGUUUGCAGCUGGGCAUGCCUUGUGGGUGACAGGGACACACACAGCCUGCAGCUUGCUCAGCCUGCACAGGAGCUUGCUCUUACUAUGAUGGACACAAGCUAGAUCCAAGGAUGAGGCUUGAAUAAAGAGAUGCCACGAA